AUGGUUAACUAUGCCAAAGUUCUCGACAGCAUCAAAGAAGCCCAGGAAGGUCUCAAACAAGCCGAGAAAUUCCAUAGCCAAUUCUAUCAUCAAGCGCGGCAGCAAUUCGAAAGGGACAGUCUAAAUCCGCCCAAAGAUGUAUCCAGCACUCCAGUAAACAUCGUCAAUUCGAAAGAAAGCGUCGAGCCUAAAGAAAGCGUUGAACCCAAAGAAAGCGUCGAACCCAAAGACAGUGCCGAACCCAAAGACAGCGUCAAUCCCAUGGAGGAAGCCAAAGUCGAGGUCGUCCCACAAGGAUGGAUGUGUCGAUUACGGCACGAAGCAAGAAACUACGUUGCAUAUGUCGUCUCUCUCAGCACCUUCACUCUCACCAUUCUCGCCAUGAUUCCGGGCCUCGUUAUUGCGUGCUAUCACCAAGGAGCACUUCCAUUCCUUACACUCACCACUACUUCAAGUGUUCCUGGCAAGACUAGUGGAAGUUUGAAUGCAACAGAUGGAGGUGGGGAUAAUUUUACCUAUAAGAUAUAUCUGUGGUAUUAUUGUGUUUCAGGUGUCGCUGCUGAAGCUGGACAGUAUACGAAUGUAACGGAUAGCUGUCAUCAAGCAAAGCAAGCAUUGACCGAACACAUCCUCCCUAUCCUCAACUCUACUUUUAUACCUCCUCUUCCUAGACCCGAUGUCUCCGGUCCCGUCCAGGAGCUAGCUGAUCUCUUUCAGCAAUACGCAUAUCCGUCUUUUGCCUCAUACAUAGUCGCAGUUUUUCUCUUGCUCCUUUUUGCUGGUUUAUUCAUCUGGUGGUUUGGUGCGACCGGUACACCUCAUAAGAAAACGUUUAUGCUCAUUCUUUCAACCUUCACCGCCUCUUUUGCUGCCCUUGCAACACUCCAAACCUAUCUCUGCAUCCGCACAAUCGACAUCCUCACCCAAUCCAUCAAUCUCUCCACAUCCAACCUAACCAUAACCAUCGAAUCCGGUUCCCUUUACCUCCUCAUCAUCCAUCUCUUCUGGGUCGUCCUCUUUCUCAACAUUCUCAUCAUAGCCACUAGAAGCUGCAUUAAGCGACGUCGUGCUCGUCAAGCUCGUCUUGCUCUUCGUCGCGAGAUGGAAACUACGGUACCGGUAGUUGAGACACCUCCUAUGGAAGGUGAAACAAAAGUAUGCAAUACUCCCGCGGAGGUCGAGUCCAAUCAUGAUGAUAGCGACGAUGAGUGGGAUACUCCCAUCCAUGGCUUUUGGGGCUACACUACGCUAGAUCAUAUUCAAGAGAGGAGAUAUCGCAAGCAUAUUGAGAUGCGAUAUAAAAGGUCAAUGGCAGCACAGUUAAGGGCAGAAGAAAGAAGAAGAAUGAGGGAGUGGGGGGUUUAG